CUCAUUCGAAGUCGACGGCACCCGUCUUCUCUCCGCACUCGAAACCCCAUCCUUGACUAGCUCCGAUCUGGUACGAGAUGGCCGGCAAGAUGAAGGAGUUAGACGGCGCCAGCCCUGCCAAGAUCUUCAUUGGCGGGCUCUCCAAGGAUACAAGCAUGAGUACAUUCAAAGAACAUUUUGGGAAGUAUGGGGAUAUAAUUGAUGCUGUCAUAAUGAAGGACCGCUACACACAAAAGCCCAGAGGCUUUGGCUUUAUUACUUUUGCUGAUCCCACUGUUGUUGACAGAGUGAUUGAGGAUGAACAUGUUAUCAAUGGAAAACCGGUUGAAAUUAAGAGAACGAUCCCUAAGGGAGCUGCUCCUUUGAAAGAUUUCAAGACGAAGAAGAUUUUUGUUGGUGGAUUACCCUCAGCUCUAAAAGAAGAUGAAUUCAAGGAAUUCUUUUCCAAGUUUGGGAAGGUUGUGGAGCAUGAAAUCAUCCGUGACCAUGCAACCAACCGGUCACGUGGAUUUGGUUUUAUAGUCUUUGAUGCAGAAAAAGCAGUAGAUGAUUUAUUACAUAAGAAGGGCAAUAUGAUUGAUCUAAAUGGUUCUCAGGUGGAGAUCAAGAAGGCAGAACCAAAGAAACCCUCUAACCAACCACCUCGUUCACUUGAUAGUGAGCCUAGGGGCCGUCCAUAUGCAGACAGUUAUGAUGGAUUUGGCAGCUCUUACAAUUAUGGUGGUAGUUUUGGUCCCUAUAGAUCACCUCGAAGUUUUGGCGCUAGGCCUAGCAGCUACAGUAGUGCUUAUGGUCCUGGUGAUUAUGGUAGUGGCUAUGCUACUUAUGGUGGAGCAUUAGUAGGAUACCGUGAACCUUCCCUUUAUUCUAGUCGCUAUGGUAGCACUUAUGGAGGCAGCCUUGGUGGUGGGUAUGGUGGUGUUAGUUAUGAUGGUGGAUUAGCUGGUGCAUAUGAGCGUGAUGCUGGGGGCUAUGGUGGUUCUAGCUAUGGUCGUAGUUAUGACUCUUCCUGGGCUAAUACUGGUGAUGGGUUUGGCACCGGUGGACUCUAUGGUGCUAGGACAGGCUAUGGUGGCAGUGGCGGCAGUGGUGCUGCUGGUCGUUACCAUCCAUAUGGAAGAUAGAAAAUCUCCAGUGCUGCUGUUUGCUAGAGAAGCUUGCAGAAGAUGAAUUCUAGAUGUGUGCUCAAGAGAUCAUCUGCAUCUAAAAGAUGCACUGAAGUUCAAUAUGCUCAGUUUUCUGUAUUAGGAAGUACUGUUAGAUCAACUUGUAGAAAUUUAAACCUUUGUUUUGGUAUUUGGAAUUGGAAUUUAAGCAUAUUUGAUAAGCGUAUGCACUUUUAUAGAUAGAAAA